AUGGAACAUGUAAUUGGUCAGGUUGUUGACGUCAAAGAUCUCCAAGGUGUGCAAGUUAAUGGAAAAGAGAGGAAAAAGAUUGAGUUUGAGCUCAGAGAUACUAAUAGCAGUGGUGGAAAUUCAAAUGUGAGCACAGCACCUUCUUCGAAGAGAUCUUUUGAAGAGUUUGAAGAAUUACCUGAUCUUUCAUCAACAUCGAUGAAGCUGUGCACCAAGUCCAUCAAGCUGGAAAAGAUCAAUGAUUACGAGUCAACAACAAAAGAUGAGAGGCUUAUGGUUGAGCUAUACAAAGAGAUAGCAAACAAAGCUAAAGCUGAGCCUAAGACACACGAUAUCAAGCUGGAAAAGAUGAUACAGUCAAAGAAAAGUUUAAUGAUUAUUGGAUCGAAAAAUGCUGCAAAAGACAUAGACGUUGAAGCUUCAUUUAAAGAAGAGGACAAAGCCGGUCCCUAA